GCCUAAUCUAACAUGGCGGACGGUUUUGAGUGGCCUUGGCAGUAUAACUUUCCACCAUUUUUCACGUGAGUAUUUCUUCUGUCUUGUUCAGAUUCUCGUAUUUUGUAGCAGUAAAAAGAUGGAAGUACUUUUGCAGGCUACAACCAAACCUAGACACGCGGAAAAAACAGAUAGAAGGCUGGUGUGAUUUGGUGCUUGCCUACUACAAACAUCAUAAAAGUCACAUUCUUGAUGUGAACGAAGCACAGUCCAGUGAAAUAUUUUGCAACAAGAAAAUAGAUCGUAUCCUUGCAAUCAUUAUUAUGUUUGUUUUUUAAUCGCAGUUGUGACAGAUAAUGAAAAUUGUUAAGUGUGCUAGGAUGUCAUAAGUAGGCUUAUAAUGUGUUGCAUUGCAUUAUUAUUGUGGUGUGAUUUUAGUCAUACUUCGGUUUUUAUUUCUGUAAAAUUCACAAUGCCGUAUAUUUGAUAACAAUGCAUCUUGCCAAAAAGGGUUUUUAAAAGGAGAAGCAUUAUGUCUUUUAAGAACUAACUCUAUACCUGCCAACUUUUUCUGAGAUAUAAGCGUGAGAUUUUUAUCCUGGGAGUGCUGGGAGUUUUGAAGACGAUACGAUCAUUUCCGAAGAUUCCCGAAGAAGUCCUGUCAAGUCUUCAAGACGUCCGUCAUUAAUACUGACUGAAGUUAAGUUUUUCACUUUAAAAAAACAAACAAAAGAAGGUUUUACAUUUAUUCACUUUACACAUGGUUUUCGUUACUCUAUUGAGUUAACAUAUUUUUGGAAAUUGUGUCAUAACAACUCACCUUUUCAAUCAGGCGUGAGAAAUUGGCCCAAGCCCCCGUGAGAUCUUUUCAACCCCCCUCGUUGGCAGGUAUAAUAUAAGUGUGAGAUUUUUAUCCUGGGGGUCUGGGAUUUUUAAGAUGACACGAUCAUUUCAGAAGUCCGAAGUCUGGUUUAUUCAGGCUCGAGAAUCCACAAAAUCAGAGAUCUUAUUGUUUUAUUCAUUUUACACAUGGUUUUCAUUCCUUACAUGGGUCGGAGUAAACAAAUUUUAAGAAAUUGUGUCAAGCAAGGUGGCAACAACUCACAUUUUUCAAUCAGGCGUGAGAAAUUGGCCCGCAAGCGUGAGCCGGCGCAAGAUCGAAGUUUUCAACUCGCAGGCGUGAGAGUUGGCAGGUAUAUAACUCAAUCAGAGAAAAACUCUGAACAAAGCACACGAGACUUUGAACACAGACUCUGUCAAAGAGGCUACCCUUUAAUACUUGGUCAAGAAAUACUGACUGAAGUUAAGUUCACUGCUCUUUGCUCUACACAACAAAACAAAACAAACAAAAGAGAUUUUACUGUUUGUUACUAGCUACAAUCUGGCCACACCAAAUCUCAAAAAGAUUCUCAUGAAACACUGACACAUCAUUCAACAGCAACCUGAGAUUAAACAAAUCUUUAACCAGCUACCGAUUAUCUCCUAUAGGAAGGAAAAAUCUCUCAAGAACAUUCUGGUCCACACAAAAAGUCUUUCACUGUUGCAACAAUCACAAAAUCAAAAAAGCGGUUUAAAGCAAACAAGAAGGCAGUUUGCAUACAGUCACCUUAACUGACUCCUGAAAACAGCAAUCACACAUCCAUGCAUUAAUUGCAACGCAACUGGUUCAAUAAUUUUUCAGAUCUCUUUCCCUUAAUCCUAUCACUGAUCAUUCUUAUUACAAACAUAGAAGCUGAGGACUCGUAGACUUUAUUAAAACUUUUCGUUCAGCCCAGAGUUCUGGAAAUUUCAUUCAAAAAUCCAAUGGAAUGAACCAUUUCAGUUCAGUCUGACCAGCAUGGUCCACUCUGACCAGUUGGUCAUUUUGGUCGGUUGGACUGAAAAUGUCCUUCCAUUAAUUGACAAAAUUGUUGUCCCCAGUACCGCUCUCCUGUAUCCUGCUUACAAGUACAAUAAUCAUACACACUGUGGCUUGAGUUGGGUCUGUUCAACUGGAAUGUACCUUUCCAUUGGGUGCAUGGAAUUUCCAAAUUUUCAAACUGGAAUUUCUUUGGAAUGGUAAACCAUUCACCUGUGACAUUGAUAUCCUCAUUAAAGAGUCCUAGUAAGUACCCACACCAGAAUGUAGAUACGAUGCCUGGGGCAUAAGUAAAAUAAGAUCAUGUGCCUGUGAUUUGAGGGGAUGUAACUUUUGUACUCUUUUUAGUUUGUUCAGCUGAUUUGGAUCCACAUUGUAGCGAGUUGUCAAAUUUUAUAGUUUUAUAUUUAUGUACAAAAUUUCCACCUGCGUGGUUCGAGAAAAUUUUAGGCACCCUCAGCCACAAAAGGGGGUACCAGUUCCCUGUUUGCACACUCUUUCUGUUAGUUCCAAGGUAAGCCAUUGCUUUGCAUACCCACUCCCUGCUAUAAAUGUGUUUCAAAGUGGCAUCUGACAGGGCGAAAUAGAGCAAAUAUUCACACAGUGGAGUUACAUAUUGGGUACAUAUACAUGGCACCAUUUUGUGCCAAUACCCAGGCAUGAGUGCUAAGGCAAAGGACUUCAAACAAUUUCUUCCACUCUUCCAAAAUUAACGGUUACUUUUGAAAUGUUGUAUAAUCUGUAUAUACUUUAAAGUUGUAUUAUUCAUUCUUUUUUGGUUAAAAAAGGCCUUAUGCACCUACUGACACGAUGAGACUUGAUGAUGAUGAUGAUUCAUUUUAAAGGCUCGUUCAUUUAUGAACCUUCCCUUAACAUUUCGUUCAGGAAAACUGUCAAUAGAUGCUAUCAAUCUCAUUUUAGAAGAGCUAAGGGUAAAAGGUGAGAUCUUUGCAUCCUGUUCAAAUCAAUUCUCUUCAGCAAGAUUCAGAUUCUUCCAGGUGGUUCUUGCAUUCAGUAUUACAAGUCAGUGUUCCAGUAGUGCAUAGUCACACAGGUCUGUCACUUAGGGCCAGGUGCGGGGAAUUUUUCCCCAGCUAAUAAGAACAUAGCCCUGCUACUUUCAUGGGGAACAAAAGGAAGAUAAAACCAAAGUGACUUCCUGGCUGUUUAAUUCCCUGCCUACUAUUUGGAUAUACCCAGCAACUUGAAAUCUUAGUGACAGCCUUGGUCACAUGCAAAAGGCUAUGGGAUUAAAUUAUCACACAAGCGAAGGCGGCAUGGCCAAGUGGUUAGGGCACUGGACUUGUAUUCUGGACGUGCUGAGUUCAAGUCCCACCCUGACCGCUAGUUGGAUUUGUUCUCUGUAGCCCUGAUUUCAAAUCCUUGGCAACACUUGUUAAAAUAGCCAAUUGGUUUGUCUCCUACCGUGUGGGAUUCUUAACUUUGUUAUGUUCCAUUUGAAUUAUUUGUUUCAUUAUCCCUGAAAAGCCCCAUAAGGGGAGAGGAUAAUGAAAAAAAAAACACAAGACUCGUAUGGCAAGAUAAACAAACCAAGUUUACAAAAUCUCCACAUUAAUCAAGCCAAGAUGGAAUAAAAUACAGCCUUUCAAAAAACUUGAAAAUCUACUAGGAAUUGUAUGGAUUGCCAGACAUUUGUCCAGGCCUCUAUGUACAUUGUGUAUUUUUUCAAUAAAUUUGGAGUUUUUGAAUGGCUGUAUCUCUACCACUAGAGAGUUUUAGCUUCACUUAUACUGCAAAUGACAAACGUCAGAUUCAAGUUGAGAAUCUCUCAAAAUAGAAAAUGAGCAGAUAAAAACAGCUCAAAACAAUAUUAAUAUGGAUAAAAAAUUGUGUGAAACUACUAUUUUAGGUGAAGAAAUAAUGAACAGUAAACAGCAAGUAAAGAGGAAACUUGGUCUCAUGGUACAAAUUCGCGUUUGCCUUUUUACAUAAUUGGAUGCUUAACGCCUUUACUAUUAGCCCGAUAAACAAUAGCCUGCAUCACACUGACAUCUAACUCCGGUUAGUAGUGCCUGCAAAGCAGCAACAACAUCCUUAUUCUGGGCCUCUAGCUGUCUCAAUGAAUUAGCAGAAAUAUGUCUGCAACCUGAUUGGCAAAUUAACAAUGGCAUUUUAACAGGCCAAUCAUGGCGCAUACUCAAAUCCUGGUACACAGCAAGUGGGGACCCAGAACAAGGAUUUCAGUGCUGUUUUACAGAAAGGCUUAACCUGAAGUUUAAGUCCAUCUUUUUGGUGCAGGCUUGAUAAAUACCAAACAUGAGGAUUUUAUUAAAGCUCGGUGUGCUACUUCUGGCCAUCAUUGUGAGUCUUGUGUAGAUAAUACCGCAACAUAUGUACUCAUAGCCAGCCCCUAUUGGUUUGAAAUCAGCCAAUCAGUACUGUUUGGUUUCUUACCUUGUGUCAUCUUCUGUGAACUAGGUAAUAUUGAAUGGGAGGACAAGAGAAAACAAAGAUGCUUUAUCAUGUGGAGGACACCUGAUGAAUGGGCAUCUAUGAUAUUUAAAUGGGUAAGAAAUGGUAAAAUGCAUGAAUGCCAAAGCUAUCAUAUUUCUCCCCUUACUGGCGAAAACAGUCCUUCUGUAAAAAACAUGAUUAAAAACAGUUAAUUUUGUUUCCAGAAAAAUCUCAAUGUUUCCCAAGGCAGAACCAAGGGAAACUUUGAGAUUCAACAGAAACAAAAUUAACGGUUUCCUGAGGGACUAGUCUUUAAGAGACUGGCAAAAUGUGCGUGCAAAAAGGAGGUUUUGUUAUAUCAAGGUUCUUUUUCAUAUACUGCAUUUUAUUAAAACUGGGGCAAAGAAAAUCGUUUGUUAUACUGAGGACUUCGUUAUAUAGAGGUUCAUUAUAUCGAAGUUCCACUGUAGCUGGAAAAUGUGAAGCUGGAAAUUCAUUAAACCUUGCUGUAAUGAUGGUUGUCAGUCAACAUUCGCAGUUAACAGUACACUGUUACCCUCUAAUGUCAUAGAUUUUGCAAUGUUGCCUGCUCAGCGAUUUUGGCAGGAAAAAGCUUCAUUGUUAGAUGUCAUGUGACCUCGAAGUAACCAAUGAGAGCACGUGCUGUUGGGGAGAAAUUUCCAGCUAUAUAACAAAUCACUUUGUUGUGUAGGUGCAGGAAAAUGGAAUGACAGACACAGUGUGUACAUUGUUUGAGUUAAGAGCUGGUGAUGACACUGUAAAUGAAGGUUAGUUGAUUGAAUUGUCUCUUUUAUUUAUUAUUAUAAACUUAAGGCUAUUUUUAAAAUAAUCUUGAGAAGAGAAAUUAUCUUGAGUCCUCAUGUUUGAUUUAUCCAAGGAUGUAAGAAUCAUUACUGAUUUUUUGGUGAAUUUUUUAAAACAAUAUCCACCAAAUAUUACCAUGAACGUAAAACUGAGAUGACCUUUUGUAUCUAGCAAUGCUUUACCGAAGACCUGCAAAAGCUACAUAUACACAGACAUAGAGUCUAUAAGAAACACUGCAUUUGUUUACUAUGGAAUCUUAUAGGAGUCGUUUAGUGGAACGUCCUGCAGGGUGUAUGCAGAGUGCAAAGGAAGCCAUUCCUUGUACUUUCAAUUUCGUGCCCACACAACUAUCAUGUCAAAACGGAACGAAGUCGCCCCUCUCGUUACCCCUUGUGCAAUGUUGUUUUGGCCUAACACUUUACAUGUGCAUUUCUUGUGUUACCGCAAACAACAUUGCAAUAGGGGAGGGGGGAAACGGUCUUUUAAUUUGCGACGGUAAGCAUUUUUGUCAAACGAGUGCAAGAAAUAGGUAUUUUUGUAAUGUGUCUCAAAAGGUUUUUUCUGGGGUUGUAACAUGCACUAGCCCAAAAGUUAGUUUUCCUAGCCUGAAAAAAAAUUCGGAUUACAUGUAGCAGGAUUGAUUACAGUUCUUCUUUAAACUGAAUUCCCAAAAAACGUCACUUUCCCGUUUGGCAAUUUAAGAACAGAAUUCACUUGCCUAAUAGUAAAAUCCACUAUUCCUGGGCUACAUCUAUUGCACACUACUGUCUUUGCACGCUGUGUACGCAAACCCUCUGAAGCCUUGAGUCUUUUAACCUCCGAAGGCUGGCAUGUCUGUUUCUAACCACAUCAUUGCUUGAUCUUCUUGGCAGAAUUCUAUGGAAUAGAUAUGUGGAUGUUAAAGAAAGCUUUAAGUCAACUUGAAGCCAAAGGAAAGGCCCAAAUGUUCGAGGCUCCUGAUGCAACUGAUGAAAGUGGACUCGGAGUUAAGUUCUUCUCUUAGUAGACUGCAAAACUGUCCUUGUUUUUUUCAAAAUCGGUUUAGCAUACGGUAAGAAUAGCGUUAACAGUCUCGCGCUCUCGCGCGAGCCUCACACGCUUGUAGUGCGUGCGAGGCGAGAGACACCCUCUCCUCCGCAGAGGCCUGUUUGUGUUGGUCCCCCGCGCGCUUUCCAUAUUUUCUAUUAUUUUCUAUUUUUAUAGGAAUGUUGUAGUUAAUUUUUUAUCUCAGGUAAUUUUUAUUUUUCUUUUGUUUUUGGGUAUGUUAAUGUAUGCUAAUGGCGUUUCAACAAAAGAAAAAGAAAAAUUACCUGAGAUAAAAAAUUAACUACAACAGGAAUACCCAGCGGGAGCCUCUGCGGAGGAGAGAGCGAGAGACAAAAAACGACUGUUCGUUUUCCAUGCAAUGAUUCGUUCUGACCUAGGAGUUCAAAAAUGUCAUCGAGCUGUCAAAAAUCCAUUCACAACGCCACCCUCUUUACAAAUUUGAUACACCCGGAGAUUGAUUUCGCGAGAGAAUAGUGCGUGUUAUUGUCUGCACUUGGCUUCGAAUCUUUUGGUGAACUCUGUAUCCAGUAAUUCCAAAACAGUCUUGAGCGUUGUUUCCCUGUGCAAUGUAGUGUUUUCUGGAAGAUCGAAAGCGAGUGCAAGUGGCAGUACGCCGACAAAUCCUGUACCUGCUCCUCGAAGAGGGAGAAAGCCGAGCCCACACGGCCGAAGAUGUGUCGGCCUUCGGCCAACACCGAAAAUUCCCGCCACACGCGAGAAGAACCUCUGGUACCCAGGGUAAGGCGAGCGUAUUUUUAGCGUCAUUCCUCAGUCUCGCUCUCGUUUUUAGCCUCGCCCCAGACCUUUUGUUUGACUGUUCGCGCGUACUUGAAUACGUAAAAAUACGGACUGUUUUGCAGUAUAUUCUCGUAGCAAAGUAUGGGGUUAGAAGAAGAGUGAUGACCGCGUUGAAAACGGUCACACUGUGUUCAUUUUUGACAUUUUUAAAAGUCAGUUAACCUUACGAAAUAUUCACCGUUUGAAUCUAAAGCCAGGUCAUUUUUGGCAUUCAUUGUCUUGUGAAAAGUAAUGUUGUUCGGAAUUUGAUUGAAUAAAUAAUUAAUUAUACGAAAACAGUAGACAUAGCGGUUAAGCCUUUUUAAAGCAAUGUACCAUGUUUAGUUUGUAAAUAGGGAACACGUUGAAAAGGUAAAGUGACAAGUGAAUGGCAGUUAACCGACAGUUAUUAUAACUAUAAUAACACUUUUCUCUACAGUUUCCCAUUUGUCGGCUGCUUGUUGGUCGUUUAUUCGCCGACUGUUGGUCGACAGUCUACCGACAGACGGCCGAAGGGCUGUCAAUCGUCAAUGUUACCAAAUGUUAAGUUGGUUUUGUCAGGUUUCUCUAGAUAUCUGUUGGUCUCGCAAGGGUUGUCUCGGUGUAUUCCCUUUAAUUCAGGGCUCGUUCCGUCAUAGGAAGACCAGAAAAGUCAUAAAAAGAAUAGUAAAAUUGAAUUUCUCAGGUGGCAAAAUCAAAGUGUGUUUUUGAAGGUGUUAAACUAAUUAUAUUCCUGAUACAAAAUGAAAAAAAAUGAAAAGGUUUUCCGAGUUCCUAAGAAUUAUUGUCUUUUUCUGGCGAUCAAGACUUUCGAUAGAUGCCAAAAAGAAAGAAAAAGACGGAGAGAAAAUCGAGUGCGCGCAUACGCGAUGGCGCGUGAGGAAAGACGCAUUCCUCGAUCUCUCCGUUGCGUGUGCUAUUUUCGUUUCGUGGGGAGUGGGGGAAGGGGGGGUAGGGUAUCCCCUACAUCUUGAUCAUUCUAUCGCCUUUUAUGCAGGCGGCUUUAUGAGCAAUUACUUAAGCCAUUUUGAAGUUAUGAGGGUCUUUAUUGAACACAAUGAACACUUUGAAAUUCAAGGCGUUGACCAGUGACUUGAAGGGAAGCAAAUAACGUAAACUGCCGCUUUAAUCCCCCUCCCCCCACUUAUAAGUCCGCUCAGUUAUGGGCCCAUCUACCUGUAAACAAAACAUACAAGCUCCCGGGGGACUUUGAAACCCCCCCCCGGAUAUAACCCUACUCCCAUGCUCCGAUUAUAACUGAGCCCCCCUCUGAAUUCAAUUUAUUAUGACGUUCAAGUGAAGCUUAAUUAAAAACCAGUCAUUGCAAAACGUUUUGAUUAUCACUUCUAUAGCUCGUUUCGAAGUACAUUUUAUAUUCCGGUUACAUGCGCCCUCAGAUAUAAGCCCCUCCUAAAACCCCCUUUGGGCGAGAUAAAAGCCCAGGGCUUGUAAGCGGCAGUGUACGCUGCCGAGCGCGGGAAAACACGAGCGAGCAAGUCACGACUGUUUUGCAUGUUGCUUCUGAUACGAAAUCGGCUCCUGCUUCUGAUUGGUGGAGAAAGUGGCGCGAUGUUUUUUUAACCAAUCAGAAGUCGUUUAAUAAUGCAAUACAAAGGCAAAAAGAAACUUACGUUUAGAAAGUUAAUUGAAAAUCGCUUCGUGUGAAAUAUUCGGUGGCACAUACAAGGGAAUGCAAGUUAUCACACUUGUUGAACUUCUUUCAAAUCCUAGAAUAUCCUAAGGGAGGAGGGAUGGAUCCUGCUUAAAACCAGCUGAUCAUUCUGAACGUAAAUCGUAGACCUCUUUUGUCCCAAACCCUAUUCCAAACGGCAGUAUAUAAGAUACUCAAACUGCUGCAAAGACGUACGCUUGAGUUCAGGCUUUUAGUUCCUAGGGGAUAUUGCGGUGAUCUUUACAUGGUCCCGCCAUGUAUUUUAAUACCGAGACACGUAUAAACAGUCAAACGCACCGAAGACCCAAUGUGGCUAAUGAAGGCGCGGAACGCAGCUCUUUACAAGGCCUCACAGGAUUGGCUGUGAAAACAAUAGACAUAUAAGCAUAACAAUGACUCUAUCCCUAAAACAAUGGAGCAACGUGUUAUGGAUAACCAAUGAAAGUAGAGGUUCUUUGGAGCUGCUUGUCGAGAGGAAAACAAAGAAGUUUGCACUGCAAAAUUAUACUCCCUUACAUGCCUCUUAAUUUUAAAAGUAGUUCUUCAGUUCUAUUUUAGCUAGGAGACGUGUAUGAAAAGUUGGCCUUGUGAUGGGAGUUAAAUAUUUGUGCAGCUGAGAGGAUACACUGAGAGAAAUAGUAAAAAUCAUCUGCAGUCUCCAAUUAUGAUCAAGUGGUGUUUAAUUGAGAGCUCUCAGCGUUUGAAGAACAAGAAGAAAUCAACAACCUCUCUUGAAGUAAGUAUAAAUGUUCAAAUGGUUACUUUGUUUGGUUUGUCUUUGUUUCUGAAAGUGAAAGGCUUCGCAGAGUACCCGCGAAGGUCAUUUUGCGAUUUUCAUCAAGUUAUUAUCAAAACAUAAUUUGUUUCCUUUCAUUUUCUUAGGGAGGAUAAAUAAAUAUUUAACUUUUGCAUAAUAAUGCAUUUAAAUAAAAAUUGCUUUUAAAGAACAGCCACAGUUAUUAAAUGAACCUGACUGGUUUUCUCAACACAGUUUGCCUGUGUAGGCCCGACUUUCGCUUUUUUUGUUUCUCUCGGAUUUCUCGCAAAGCUGGUGGGCCAUCAUCACAAUUAGGAGGUAAGUAGUGACUUUGAAAGAGAGUACUAUGAAAAAGAGGUUUAAAUUUCUUUCAUUUUUUUUCCCUUCAUUUACUUUCUCUUUUCGUCAUUUGUCGAGUUCGAUCAAUUUGUAUUUUAACACUUAGUUACUUCCGGGUUUUUAAGAAACUCAGUACGAAGAUCCCUUUUAGUUAUAGAAUUGUUCCUUGAAAAACGUAGGUCUUGGAAAAUUUUGGCCCGAUCUCUAAAUUUCGGAGGCGUUUGUGAUGGGUCUCAAAGCCUCGCUUUCGGGGUAUUUUGCGUCUCGUAGUCUCGAAUUUUUUUUAAGUCUCGGUCUCGAAUUUGGAAACCGGAUUCUCGCAAAGUCUCUAAUGAUUUACCAUUCUAUAUUAAGUUUAGUUUUCGGAUGUUCGUAGUAUCCGUUUUUUAAUUAUCAUCCUUCACUUUAUGGCGACUUUUGUCAUUAACUUUUUAUCGUCAACGGAUGGACCCGAUCAAAACAACUUUUCAAAAAUUUCUAAUUAAUCAAUUCAAACUUUAUGGUUGGGUUAUAAAAAACAAACAGACGAUGGAACAAGGUGAAAUUCGGCCGGAACUAGCCAAGGAGAUAUCUGCUUUUCGGGUAUUAGCUUCUUUAGUUCAUGGUGUCUUAACUCUCAUUGUAGGGAUCUAACGGUUGUGUUAAUUACGGUAUCUCAAAAUUAACGCGGUUUUAAUUAACUUGAACUGAAGGAAAAUCACUUUCAAAAAAUGGAAAUUAUAUAAACGCCGAGAAAGAGAGAGAGAAACAUUUCAAAAUCAAGGAAAUAGUGGCGCUGUACACUGAAAAAAAAAAUUAUUAAUAUUACGAUAUAAGACAACAGUAACAGAUUAAAAUGGACAAUCUAAAAUGCAAAGCACAGUUCGUGGUACCUAGUAGGCUAUCCGUAACGCAGGGGUUUGAGCGAAGAAAUCAGCCACUCAGAAGGUUCGUCGAUCGGCGGACUAGUGUUCCAACAUCACGAAAUGCUCCUUUUCCUUGGUGUCAAGAAUUUCUAGAGUGUAUCGAAAAUUUGGGGUCAAAAUAAUGGAAAAUAAGGUAGCAUAAAUCAACUUUCCACUUAACUAAUGGCGCAGAAAUUAUAACGUUAAAACAAAAAUUAACGCAACUUAAAUUAACAAAUUCGCCUAUAUAAUUUCAUGAAGCGUUUAUUUCGUAUAAUAAGGUAUUGGUAAUUACAUGCGAGAUGUCAAAAUUAUAUUAUAAUUUGAAGUAUUUUCUGCCUUUUCGUAAAGUUGUGGUUAAACAACUAACAAUAAGCCGAUGUUUCAGUCAAAGAGACGUUUUGCUGGGAGGGAAAAGCACAGUUUGGGUAACCAAUUUUGCGGGAACAAUUCUAAAUUUUGCUGGCAGUACUUUUGAAUAUUUGUGUACUUCGAACAAGUUAUUUAAUUUGUACUUUGUCUUUCUUUGAAAUCUAGCGGCGUUUAAAAUUUUUUAGCGUUGCUAGGAACAAAACAAUUAUCCAAGGAACCUUUCACAGAAAACUUAUAUUUAAUUACGAUAUUUAUUUAUUUUUCAAAAUUAGCUCAAAUCCUUUUUUGAGUUUACGCUAUUUUAUAAGUUUGAUUAAAUUUUCUGAAACUAAACUUUUUGCACUGAACAUGGAAACUGCACUUGUUGGUCAUUAAAUCUUUAGAGCCGAAGAUAUCUUCGAAAUGAAUGAAAGAAUAUGUUACUGAUUUAAAAUGUCACGUUAAUCUUUCGAUGAGUUGCAAAAGAAGACAUAUUUGAAAAAAAAAAAUUCGUGCAAAGCUUAGGCCUAAGGAAAAAAAUCCUACAGACAUUGGGCUCAUGAAAGAAAAAAUUCGUGCGCGAAAAAUUUUCAUACCCCGCCCCCUUCCCCCCAGCCACCCAACACCCAAUCCGGUUAUUUCUAAUGCUCCGCCCCUAAGCCGAGAUCAGGUUCUUCUUCAUUUCCCUUGGUACAUGUAAAUACAUUUCAGGCCGGCAAGGGGAAUCGAGAAGUCUCGCAUUUAGUACUCUACGUUUGCCAUUUACCUGAAUUUACGUGCGUUUUCGAAUCGAACAAAUAUUGUUGCAUCGCUUGCAUUUGCAUUCACGUAAUUACCGUGACAUCAGAUGGACCUUCAACUCAAAACCAGGGUCUUCGCGGCCACAUACCAGGCAUAUUAGUAAGCAGAACACACCGGGCAUCCCAAUAAUGUGGACCAUAUCCUACCGUUUAUAACGUACCGCUGACCGAGAAUAGUUUGCGGGCUCCUUGUCGCCCCUAACAAUCUACUUUUCAGUUGCUUUCGGUAAAAUGGUUACAAUUGCGUAUCUCUUCUAUGUUCAUAUCAAUGUUCAGUUUAUGUUUAUAUUUAGAACGAGCUUAUCAGCUCAUUGGACGAUAGACACGAUACGUGGGUAAAUAAACGAUUGUAUUGUAUUGUAUUAUAUCAAAGUCAAAAUGGUUGAUUUAUUCGAUUAACUGCCCUAGGCGCUUAUUAAAUUUUUGGACCUUGAGGGUGGGCGCUUAUUCGAGGUGGGCGCUUAUUAAAUUUUGACCCUUUUCAGCAAGUGAAGUAUGUAAAACAAUAAAUGCUAAUAACAAAACGCGAAGAAGUAACAAAGCAAGAUUUCUGUAAAAUACUUUGAAGAAAACUCCGUCCUCUUAUUAGAAUUUAUUCACUCAAGUGGGUGGGGUGGGGGUAAACGCUUAUUUGACUUGAUUGGGAGGAGGAGGGGGUGGGCGCUUAUUAACUGGUUCUGCCUUUAGUAUGGGCGUUUAUUCGAGGUGGGCGCUAAUUCGAGGUUGGGCGCUUAUUCGAAUAAAUACGGUAAGUCAGACAACAAGCUCUUAUAGCAUUCGUUUUAUGUAUAUCCUUACAGAAUGACAAGAGGAUCUGCAUUUACGCUAAAGCUUUGUCGCAGAAACAUCCUAUGGCUGGUUGGGGCUUUGAUGCUCGUUAUCUUGUUUCAUUUGUAUGUUAUAAAAGUCAUAAAAACGGUCACGAGAGAUGAUGACCACUUCUUGUCACUUCCCAAGGAAUUUUUAUCUCCUUCGCAUAAAAAAGUGAGUAUAAAUCGCUUCCGUAUUCACUCGAAAGAGCAGUGUAUCCCUUAAAAAUUUUCGUUCCACUUUAAAUUAAGGUGCAGCGUCUUAUUUGAGGGUAGUGUCUCUAGUUCGGGGCGCGUGAAGUGGCGCAGUUUUCGAGUAAAUACCUCCAAGAAAAAUGUUUUUGUUUCUUAAAAAAAGUCCGAUAUAGAGCGUUUUCACUCACGUGACCAGCAUCUAUGCAAAUGUAUAGGAACAGUAGGAAGUAUUUACAUAAGAAAAAGGUUUAUCUCUCACAGGACACCAACAUGGACGUCGUUUCAUUGUUUUGGAACCCAAUAUGGCCGCCACGACGUCAUGCGAAUUUGCUCCAUUCCACGUUGUUCGUGUCCGCAGAAACGAGAAACAAGGGUAAAGGUGUCCCCAGGGUCUCCGUUAGGGUGUCCCCUGGGUCUCCGAGGAUACCUGGUACCAGGCUUCGCAGCUUCGCGAACGCAAAGGUUCACCUAGUCUCCCUCGCAGUCUUUUUUUUGGAUGUCACGCAACGCUCCGUUGCGUGACAUCCAAAAAAACGGUUGCUAGGGAGAGUAAGGUUCACCGUAUGCUUCAAAUACCAACUUGAGAGAAAUAGAGUACUAAGGCAAGUUACUUACUAGUACAAGGUUUGGUGACUUAGAACUUACAGUUGUUCUUAUGUGGCCCAGAGUUUCUGCUUUUGUUUGUCGGUAUCGUUAAAUUCAGUAUGCGGGAUCGACUGUUAUGCUUCUCCUAAUUUAUGUAUCUCCGCCAAUUCAACCAGUGCGAUUGAUGUUUAAAGCAUUAGCGAGUUUCGACAAACGAGAACUUUGAAAGUUUGGCUUUUGUCUCGGGUAGAAGAGCAAAGAACGCGUCAUCAGAAUGGAUUGGGCAAAAGAGACACAUUAUCGUUAAUUUAUGACAAAUAUAUGCAACAGUAGUCGUAAUAGAGACAAAUGUAUGCGAUGACAUGAAAGCACUAUAAUGUCUUCGAGUACUUUUCGUUGCUAACUCUGGACGAGUGGAAAUGUGGAAAUGUGUCUCCAUUGUCUUUAUCUAAUCGGAGAAGGAGCGAUUUUUUCUGAGGAGAGGGGGCUGCUGCACAGUUUUGGAUAACUUUAGGUUUCAGGGAAACUGCCCACCUACCCCUCCCCUAAGCUAACAUAAACACUUACUUCUCACUGAGGGCAAAAUGAUGGCUUAGGGGAGGGGUAGGUAGGCAGUUUUCCAGAAACCUACAUUGGUCCCAGUUUUAUGGCAGCCCAGUAAAGGUCGCCUUUCAGUGAGUCUAGUUAUGGACUGGAUAAAGAUUUUUGUUUUAUCUUCUGUGUUUAGUUCCCGUCCGAAGAGUAUUGUUCUCGUCGAAUCGAGGAGGACCUCUCUCUAAUCAGCAACGGCACACACCCAGUUCAAACCACCCUUCAAGAGAUCUCUGACUACCAGAUUCUCCAAACAUUCUCUCAGCUCAACUGUAGACAAAUUUCAGCACUUUUUUCUCCGCCCUCUGAACCAAGUGACGAGGAGCGGAAUUUUCCUUUGGCAUAUGUGCUACAACUUUACCAAGGGGCAAGUUUGUUUGUAAAACAACUUCAGUUUAUUUAUAUGCCUCAAAACAUUUAUUGCAUCAAUAUCGAUACUAAAUCUUCUCUAGUGUUUGUGCGCGCUAUACAGCAAAUCGCAAGAUGUUUGCCAAAUGUUUUUGUUACAAAGAAGAGGAUAGAAGUUAUAUAUCUUCAUGUUUCUACAGUUCGAGCUCAAUUAAACUGCAUAGAGGACUUGCUCCAAAGCUCUGUCCGUUGGCGUUAUUUGUUUAAUUUAUGUGGUCAAGAUUUGCCCUUAUAUUCCAAUCAAGGUCUCGUGCAGGCGCUAAAAGCCUUAAAAGGGCGAACGAAUGCAGAAAGUUGCAAGCCAAACGGAUACACACGGUGGCGAACAGUCCACGUGUAUGAAGUGAAAAAAGAUCCUGGAAAACAGGGUCAUGGCGCCUAUCAAUGGACAAAUACAAAGAAAGAGAAAACCCCGCCUCCGCACGGAAUUGAAAUGUACAAGGGGUCGUCUUUCAUUGCGGGAACCAGAGAGUUCUGCGAGUACGCUGUUCACAAUGAAACAGCCAAAGCUUUCUUAAAUUGGUUAAACGACACUAUGUAUGUUGAUGAAUCGUUUUUUACUACUCUGUACCGUCACCCGGGCGUGCCAGGGGGAGUGCCCUGGCCGGAGCAACAGGAGUUCAUCACACGGGAUGCGGUUAAUUGGUGGAUCCCCGAUAAUAAAACUCCCUGCUAUGGCUAUUGGCUCCGUGCGAUAUGUGUGUUGAGAUUACCAGAUUUGAGCUGGGUGUUUGGUUCUGACCUUAAAAACAUGUUAUUUACGCAGAAGAUUGAUUUUAAGUAUGAGCAAGAACUUGUCGAUUGUUGGUAUGUGAUGGCACAGAACAGAAAAACACAUCCAUACGCUACCAACGGAAUAUCUUGGAGAAAACACAGAUGUGCUUGA